AAUGCAGAGGUCGGGUGACGCCCCUCCCCUGCCUCUCCAGCAUCAGCACCUCGAAACCGAGCGAGGCGACCCACGGAUGAAAGAGGAUGCUCUCCGGUCCGUGAUGGAUUCCAGUUCGAGGAGACAUAACGAUGAAACAGCUAACCGAGAGAUGGCUGGUAUAGUCGCUGUUUUCUCCACACUUAUGCUGCUUGGCUGCCUCCAUUCAUGAUGCAUCAUUCAUGCGUUCCCAAGAAUGGAAACGCACUCCGAAGAACACUAAAAUAACCCAUUACAGCUUCGCUGUCAGCUCUUUAAAGACAUUCUCACUCAUUUGUUAAAGCUUCUUUUCAUGUAGGACAAAGUGAUGAAGAGCCCGGUUUUACCCUUUGAGGGCGCCGCACGAAUGUAGGGCUAAUACAGAAAAGCCAAGCAAACAAAAGGCAUUCCAGCCCCACACGUCUGACGCACCUGGCUGCCCUGUCGCCACUUGACAUGACAGCGCAGCGACGGGAGCAGAGCAGCUGGAUCAAGGGGCACAGACGUGCAGCCGAACGUGUGGACUCGACAAGGAAUAGACCUGACGCACGACGGAGAAGCAGCAGCAGCCCAGGAGAGGCCGGAUUGCAGUUUCUGGGGACGAGCGCCAAGGGCAGUGCGGUAGUCAGCAGACAGACCGGGGGGAGGAGGCUGCGGAGAUCUGCGAUACUUCCUCCCAAGUCCCCACUGCGCUCUCACCUGCAUAACAUCCUGAAAAUAUGAUGUUUUUAUAACUGUUUGUUCUCCUUUUUCAUUCCCAACCAAUCAGUGAUGAUGGGCAAUUAAAAUAUUAGAUCUGCUCUUCAGGGAAGGGUGGAACCCGGAGGAGACCGAUGUGCAUAUUGGCCAGGUAUAAUUUGCCCCCUUCUUUUUUGGCUUUGCUCGUUUUGCUUGUCGCCUGCACUAUGGGUUGUAUUCAGAGCAUCGCAUGCAAGCCCCGCAUCAGACGGGAGAACAUUGUGGUGUAUGAGGUGUCGGCCUCCAUUGACCAGUGUCCCACCAUCAUUGAGGAGAACUCACCGAUUGUACUCCGUUACAAGACGCCUUACUUUAGGGCCUCAGCAGGAGUUGUGAUGCCACCAGUGCCCCGUAAUGAAACCUGGGUGGUGGGCUGGAUCCAAGCUUGUACCCAGAUGGAGUUCUACAACACCUAUGGCGAUAUUGGCAUGUCCAGCUGGGAGUUACCAGAGCUGCGAGAGGGCCGGGUCAAAGCCAUCAGUGACUCUGAUGGUGUCAGCUACCCCUGGUAUGGCAACACCACAGAGACCGUCACCUUGACCGGCCCUACGUCCAAGCCAUCCCGCCUGACGGUCAGCAUGAACGACAACUUCUACCCCAGUGUGACCUGGGCUGUGCCAAUCAGCAACAGCAACACGCCCAUGUUGACCCACAUCACCAGGGACCAGAGCUUCAUCACCUGGCUGGUGGCCAUGAAUUCCAUCACCAAGGAGCGUAUUGUGUUGCAGACGGUGCGGUGGCGAAUGCGGGUGGACAUUGCUGUGGACCCAGACAUGCCUCUGGGCUCUCGGGCCUCAUUGGUGGGUCGCCCCUACCAGGAGCAACCACACAUCCUCAACUACCAGGAGCCCAUUCCUCCUAACGCACUAGGGAGGCCAAAUGCUAAUGAUGCCCAAGUGCUAAUGUGGAGGCCACGAAGAGGGGCGCCACUGGUGGUCAUACCGCCAAAAUAAGAGGCUCAAACAGUUGCACAGACAAAAGAAUAAUUCUUUCUUCAAGAAAAAAAUGGGGCAUGAAGGUGAUAAAGUUAUAAAGUCUAUCAAAGAAGAAAGAACUGGCGGUGGUGUUAUUACGCUCAAGAUGCCAGUGGCUCAUUAUCCCUGAAAGAUCUGGACCAUUAUAACAAGCCAGAGAGGAUAUUACAUCUUUUCUGACACAGUGUCAGAAAAAGAAGUCUACAAUAAACUAGUGUCAAGGGCCUGGAGUUACAUCAAGGCUUGUUUGGUCCCCAACAAGCUUUGGACUACAUUAAAGAGUUCUGCCUGUCUUUUAGCGAAAAAAGCAACACUGUUUUUAGAUGUACCACAAAGGUAUUAUAGCACAAGAAGAACUGCAUCCUGCAUCCUUAUGUAGAUUUUACUGCAUGAGAGAGUGAGAGAGAAAAAAAAACUGUCCCUGAGAAGUUUAAGAAUAGCAUUUGUUUUAUAUAACUUGAUACCUGAAGACAUUUUGAUUGAAAAGUCGGCCAAAAACAAGGCAGCUGGUUAAACCUCAUCAGUGCUAAUAAAAAGCCUUCAGCACACUAAGUACCAGAGAUAAAGGAUGUAUUCAUAAAGUUUAAGACAAAAGUAUUAUAUAAAUCUUUUUAGGUUAAGAUUAAUCUUAUACAUCAAUCAGACUGUAUUAAGAACACCCACUUGGCAUAAAUGUCUGGAAGACAAACAACUCUGCUGUUCACUGGAGUUCUGCUAAUACACCAAAUUCACCAACAUAUUUUCAACUUACUAGCUUCCAAAUGCAGCUGAUAUUGUAUUCAAAUGGGUGGUAAAUCAUGAGAGAGAUGAGCUGGACCUGUUCCCAUUGAAUAAAUGACAGCUGUGCUUUUAAUUCUUCAAUAGGUGAUGUGGAAGAGUGACAUACAAGUAUUUAAAACUGGAAGGUGAUAGCUGGAAUAGCUCCAAACUGGACUCAGACCAAGGAUAGAUUUUAUGUGGCACUAAUCAGGUCUGGUUACAUAAGUCAUUCUACAAUCAGGGAUUCUAAAUGUACUCUUAAAAGUUUCCUUGAUGUGAAUUUAAAGCAGGCAAAACUUAAUUUUGAUAAGUGCUAUUUUUAACACUGGGUCUGUGAGAUCAUAUCACAACAUCUCCUCAUGUCACUGACGUAUUUUGCAGUAGGUUUCUGCAGAUAAUGAAAGCCUUUCAGUGUCAUGGCUAUGAUUUGUCCAGUGGCUCAUGUGGGCUCAGUCCAAGUCUCCACCUGCCACUCCACACACAGGUCACAUGACUCAUCCUCCAUCUGUGCUUCUCUCCAGGUUCAUACCUUCCCAUCGUCCUGCCCUUUCUCUCACGUGUUCACUUCAUCACGCACACUAUGACCAUAUCAUCCAUCCAUUAUCUAUACUGCUUAUCCUGAAGAGGUCUCUCGGUGGGGACUGGAGCCAAUCCCAGCUGACACUGGGAGAGAGGUGGGGUACACCCUGGACAUGUCGAUAGUUUAUCACAGUAUCACUGUACCAAAUAUACUCAUUUAUUCUGAAAUCCACAACUAUGCAAAGAUUGUGACUGUGUAAACAAAUAACACAGCGAGAAAAACUGGCAUUUUUUUGUUUUGUUCAUCUGCCUCAGUUCUGUUUCUAUUUGCCAGGGUCACUGCUGAAUAAAAUGUCUGUUACUACUAGGUUAAAAUAGGUUAUUUUAAUUCAGUGUGUCUAUGUUUGCCACUGCACCACAGCUCAUUCAGCCAUCUGUUGCUAUAGAAACUGGUUUGGUUUUCCUGAGUGCACUGCAA